UGUACCGUACUUUCAGUUCUCAGCGUUCUUCGGAUUGUUAAACAGCCAUUGUGAAUGUGAUUUGCACUUCAGAGACACCGUAGUUUAGGACCCGUGGCGUGUUUGACGUAGGCGCGGCAAUGGCUGCUUCCUAAUGCAACUGGCUUCACCAUUACAGUCACAGUUACACCAGAUUGCCGGCGUACUUUGCUGCAUUAGCGCGACAUGCAACGUUUGAGACGGAAUAUAUUUUUUAAUUAGGUGCCUGUAGCCUACUACGGAGACUCACGAAAUUAUUCAAAAAAAAUUGCUGACCUCAGAAGUCUUAGUCUGAACAAUCACAGCUCAGGAUGAACGGAAAUUUUACUGAACAAGAACCUGAACCCAGCCUAGCUGUGAAGAGAUUCUCCAAAUCAGAGGUCCAGAGUCUGGUCCAAACAGUGGUCCAUGAUGCAGUCCAAGAAACUGACACCAAGAUGGAGUCUCUGCUACAAAAGGUUCAACAGCUGGAGUGUGAGCCCAAAUGCGACUUUAACAUCCGCAAACUCGAGGCCCAUAUUAAGAAGGUGAAGCGGAGAGGAGAUGCAGCUAUGGCCUUUCUGAGGAAAAUGGGAAUGUCUGGAGCACAAACAAAAUGCACCCCACAAAAUCAGAUAAGGAAUACGUUGCCAUCCGCUGUAGAGUCUGAACCUGUUGAACUCUCCAGAUUAGACUCUGAUGAGGAACCAAUUGAAAUCGUCCCCUGUCAGAAAAGGAAGUUUGUCAGUGGCAUCCGGCAGAAUCUGAUGCCCAAUGAAAAGAGGCCACGCAUGGAUGACAAACCAGUUGAAUUGAAGAGCCAAUUUACCAGAGAUCCCUCCCUAUCUCCUCCUCGACUGACUCCAGUUUCUCCAACUCUGACUCCACCUGCUGUUGUUUCUCCACCUGACCUGAUCAAGGCGUCCCUCAAGAUAGAGAUCCCCAUGUCAUCUACGGGAGCCAAGCCCGCCGCAAGGGAGUGGCUAGAUGGUGUAGAGGCCGUGAAGGAGGAGCCUGUGAAGGAGGAGCCUGUGAAGGAGGAGCCUGUGAUGGAAGAGGCCGUGAAGGAGGAGCCCCUGGAGGCGGAGCCCAUGGGGGUGGAGCCCUUGGAGGUGGAGCCUUUGAGAGACAGGGCGCUUAAGGAGUCGUCUCCAGAGGGGCCUAUCGAGACAUUCCAGCCUCCGGCAGCCGGCAGUGCCAAGACACCCACGUCUCCAUCAGGUACCACCACUCAAGUGGAGGAGAGGAAGAUUUCUGCUCGGGAUGAUCCCUUGCCUGGCCUCCCUCCUCUCCCUCCCACCACCUUCCCCUCGGUCCUGCCUGCCGAGGCCGCCUCCUACUCCAUUCCUUCCCAGGUCAAAGUCACCCUGGCCUACAUCCACAACCCCCCCGGCAUAAGCAUCCUGUGGGACCUGGUGGAAAAAGACCCUACAGAGCCACCUAUGGAUAGCUUCAGAGUGUGCAUGGUGUUGGAGAAGGGAAAGGGGUGUGGCUUGUUUUCAGUGACUUGGACCUCGUAUGAGGUGACCGCCAUCCCUCUGCCCAUGGCUAUCGUCAUCCAAAUCCAGAAGAAAAUGUCUGGACGCAAGAUAUGCUUCGCAGUGGUGGGCAAGGACAAGUUUGGACGCUACGGCACGUACAGUAACAUCAAACACGCACUGCUGCCCUAGGGGGCAGACCGACCCGGUCCGCGGGCUUGGAAAUGGCCUUGCCGGCCGGGUUCAUGGGGGUCAAACCAGGACCAGUUAGGUUCUGGAGACACAAAGCCUUCUCUGGUGUCCCACCACUCUGUUCAGGGCUGUUGGCGACCUCCCGUGUGUGACAUUGUCCAGGGCUCCAUGGUGUGACGAGUCCCCAGCCCCCCUGCUGCUUCUGCAGGUGGAGCAGCUGACAAGCAGAUGGAGAACUGAGGGGAUUCCUCAUGGACUGGAAACUUUUGGGGUCAUUUUUACACAGUCUUAUGUGCCUUACAGUUCAUUUAUGUUGUGUUGUCACAAUAGUGUGGGAAAUACGAGUUUCUGUAUUAAAACAGAUCUGUUUCUGAGACAAAUAUGCUAUUAGUAUUGGAAAGCAGCAGUUUUUUACUGGUGUCAUGUUUUCUCAAGAGUUCAGUGGUUCAUAUUACUGUUGACGAGUUCAAUUCAUGUUUGCAACUGAAUAAAAUCUUGUCCUGAGUUUUAAACAGAUAAAAAGAGACGUGUUAGUGU